AUGGCACCGGAAGUGUUUGAAGGGAAAAAAUAUACCGAAAAGUGCGACGUCUAUAGUUGGGCCAUAAUAUUGUGGGAGGUGUUGGCCCGGCGUAUCCCAUUUGAUUGGCUGGAAAACGUGGAUUUGGUUAUAUUAUUGGCCGCCCAUAGGGGUAAACGUCCGCCCCUAUUGCACAACUGUCCCCAAGUCAUCGAAAAUAUAAUGACAAAGUGUUGGUCAAAGGAUCCUGCUGUCAGGCCGUCCAUGGCCGAGGUGGUGGACCUGAUUGGAAUGGUAGCCCAGGAAAUAAAUGAUGCUAAUGAUUACAGUACAAAUGGGUCUCUAUUUGAAUGUCAAUCGGAAACCUACUCCACUAUUAAACCAAAGAUUGCAUCCAAACCUACGGUUCCUGUCAAUUCCCUUAGUAACCCCAUGUACGACAGCGUGACUACGGAUGAGGUACUGGAUUAUAUUGUACCGGCUAAUGUGUCCCGGGUCAUUGACGACUCAGACACGCUAUACAAUUGCUCGCAGUUUUUACAGCCAAAUAAAUUUCGUCGUAAUGUAUCACAAGAGUCAACUCACGAAUCGGUAGACAAAUCGAUGGAUUUGUCGGACAGUCCUUCCCAUGUGGUUAAG